UAUGUCACUCAUGUGUGCAUUCGAGUAUCUUGCGUGUGGUUAAUUCUUUUAAUAAAUGACCUUCCACUAUAAGACAUCAGCUUAAGGUAGGUAGGUAUAUUUAGGUAAGUAGCUGGGUACUUGUGCAAAACAAUAAAUAUCUAAGCACGUUUUGUUACUAGUCGUGUUUUCGGUUUUUUUAAAAAUUAUUUAAUUGUUUGCCGGACGCAUUUUGUUGAUUUUUUAACUACCUAUACGAUAAACAAUGCGAACGAAAUAUUUGGAAGUUCCUGAUGACGAACAACGUGAAAAUGCCAGGAGAGAAGUCAACUCUACAGCGGAAUCAGUGAAAAGAGAUGUCCAAGCUUUGGCAGAAUGGCUGGAAAAACAACCUCACUUACCAAAUUUUAAAGAUGAACACGUAUUAUCACACUGUUUGCUGAAUUCCAAAAACAGUCUGGAAAAAACGAAACGUCGUCUUGAAAUGUAUUUCAACACCAAAGCUUCGUUACCGGAGAUAUUUCUCAAUCGAAGCCCUUUUCAAAAAGAACUCGAAACUCAAAAAAAUAUCGGAAUGUUUGUUCCUUUACGAAAACUAACGCCAGAUGGAUACAGAGUAGUGAUGCUUUAUCUUUCAGAAGAAGUUAAAACUGCUCAUCAUCCUUCAUUAGAUGAUUUUUUCAAACUGAAUCAGAUGACAAUCGAGUUGAUGGGAAAAUUAGACUAUCCAAAAGGAGUGAUCGUUAUCCACGAUGUAGCAAAUAUUGCUAUGCCCUUAGUUGUUUCAUUUUCAUCUCAUUUACAAAAACUGAUACUCUUGACGGAGAAAGCAAUAUCAGUCCGAUACAAAAAAUUGUACUUUUGCAACAUGAGUCAAGCUGGUGAAAUACUGCUUUCUAUUGGUAAAUCGCUGAUAAAGAAAGAAUUAGCAAAUCGAAUAGAAAUUCUGAAGAACUUAUCAGACAUAUGUCAAUAUUUGCCAAAAGAAAUUAUCCCACGAGAAUACGGAGGAGAGGAACUUCCUUUGGUAGAACUUAGAGAUUUGUGGUUCGAAGAAAUAAAAAAUAACUAUGAAUACUUGCAGUCCACCGAAAAAUAUGUCACCGAUUUAUCAAAAGCACCGAAAGAUUUUGCUGCAACCGAUUUAUCUGGUAUGGUCGGAUCUUUCAGACAAAUUUCAGUCGAUUAAAACGAUUUGUAUAAUAUUGUGUUGUUUAUUGAACAUACAAUUCUAAUGGAAUCUAACAUAAUACAAAACAUAAACAAUUAUAA